GGAAGACUUUAAAUCCUUUCGGAUCCAUUUUGAGAUUAUCUUGUUGCUCAUUUUAAUUUAAUCUGUUUCUCUCUCUAAUCUCCUUUUAUACUCACUCAAUUAUCUUCAAUUAUCCUCAAGUCUCACCAUCAUCAUCAAUUUAAUAUCUUCUGUUUGUUGCAACCUUUUCAUCAACAUCAACACAAUUUUGCCUUUGUGAUUAUUUUAUAUUCACUUUUUCUGGUUCACUUUCCUUGUUUUCAUUUUCUCCUUUUCUAAUUAAAAUUAAUUCAUUAAUUACAAUUGAUUUGAUUACUUUAUUCUCUUUCCAUUUCAACGGCCAUGAAUUCAAUUUUAAAUGUUGAAAAAGACACGGAUAAGGUUAUAAGUAAAUUCUCAAGUCUAUUGGAACAUUGUGAUAGCUGUUUAACUGACCUCAUCUCAGAAAUUGAAACAUUACAAUUUGAUCUUUCACAAUCUAAUGCUCCAAAUGAUGUACUGCCAACCACAAACUCUUUCAGUAUGUUAAAUCAUGUCAUCAAAAAGGUUCAAGAUGUAUCCUCACAAUUGGCUAAAGAACAUCGUGAUUUCCAUAGUACAGUUUCUCGUGUUGGAAAAGCAAUCGAUAAAAAUUUUAACUCUGAUUAUGGAGCAAUGGAGAAUCGACUUCUCUGGUCUGAUGAUGAAUCGAAAACUAUUCUUAAUCGAGUUAUCAUUGAACAUUUUAUGCGUAAAGGAAUGUUGGAUAUUGUCGAUUCCUUGGUUACCGAUGCAGGUUUAGAAAUGCUUGAAGAGGAAAAGAAACCUUUUACCGAGUUAAAUCAAAUUCUAAUCUCAUUACGUAAACGUGACCUCAAACCAGCUCUUGAUUGGGUUGAAAUUAAUCGGGAAAAAUUGAUCCAACAAAAUUCAUCCCUUGAAUUUAAACUUCACCGUUUACAGUUUAUCGAAUAUCUUUGUAAAGGAGUUGAAAAACAAUCUGAACUAAUUGCCUUUGCUCGAACCAAAUUACAACCACUGGUCGAUCGACACGCUAAAGAGAUUCAAGCUCUCAUGGGAAGCCUAUUGUAUCUUAAAACGGGUCUAGAAAAUUCACCUUAUGCCUACUUGUUGGAUAUUCUUAAUUGGAGUGAGAUUUGUGAUGUUUUCAUUAGAGAUUCUUGCUGCCUUAUGGGUAUGAGUGUCGAUAGUCCACUUAACAUCGCCUUUGAAGCGGGUACAGUGGCCUUUCCUGCUUUACUUAAUAUCCGACAAAUGAUGAGUCAACGACGAGUGGCCAGUGUUUGGACAGCUAAAGAUGAACUACCAAUAGUCAUUGAUUUGGAUAAAAAGUUUCAAUUUCAUUCAAUUUUUGCAUGUCCAAUUUUACGUCAACAAGCUUCCGAUGUUAAUCCACCCAUGAGAUUAGAUUGUGGUCAUGUUAUCUCUCGAGAUGCUCUCACCAAAAUGUCCAAUGGAAGUACUAAAGUUAAAUGUCCUUAUUGUCCAGUUGAACAAAAUCCUCAGAUCGCAAAACAAAUAUUCUUUUAGAAGCAAGAAAAAGAAGAACCAUUUUUACCUCAUUUCUUUUUCCACAUUUACAUUAAUCGACCAACGGAAAGAAAACGAAAUACAAUUAACAAUCAACAAUCAAUCGAACACUGGACAAAACAAAAAAGUAAUUGUUACAUUUCUAUCAUCUUGACACCGGACCAAUUAAAAGACUAAAUCGGAUCAUCACGUUUUCUCAUCAUUAACAACACCAUUUAUAUAUUAAAUCACCUUCAAUGUAUUACCAUUGAGAAGCCUAAUCAUCAUCACAAUUAUCAUCUGCAGCAAUUGAAUUAACCCUCCCAAUGAAUAUGAAAUGAAAUCUCAAUGAUGACUUUUUGCCGAGACCAAUCAACAUAAAUCAUUAAGCUCAACUUCCAGCUGAUCCAUCAUUUAAUAAACAAUGACAACUUUUUGUUUUAAUUAACACCCUUGUGAUCAUCAUAACAAAGUAUCAUCAUCAUGAUCAUCAUCAUUAUAUCAUCAAAGUUAAACAUGAACAAAACAAAACAAAGUGAAUCCAUCACAAAGUUAAUUGUGUCUUAUAAAAAUCGGUCAUUAAUGGUUAUGAUUAACUACAUUAUGGAAAAGCUGAUAUUUUAUAAACAAAAAAAAACGAUACGAGACUAAAGGAAAAGCUGCAAACAAAUUAACGUAAUCAAAUUAACUAACUAACAAUUUAGUAAACAAUCUAAUCACAAUCUUAUACUUUAUCAUGUACAUAUUACUUAUAUUUUUUACCUUCUGUCCAUUGGAUGACCAGCAGAGACAAAGGAUAACAUUGGACUUUUUUUUUAAUAAGCUAACACUAAUUACAAUCAACAGCAACAAUUAACACGAUUUGAGGACAAUCAGUAACUUGCUGAAUAUUUAAAGACUUUUGUUUCGUGUCCACAUUGAUGAUGGUUUAAAAAAGAGACACUCACAAAGAAAUUACAUCAAUUUGAUAAUUAAUUUGAUCCACGCAAUCAGUUAAAUUGUAGCUUGACCAUUAAUGUAAACAUUAUUAAUCCAAAUCGACCAAAACAAAGUUAAUCAACAAACUUAAUUACCAACAACAUUGAGGGUCCAAAAGUUUAUCAAUAACAACAAAAACAUGUUCCAAUGUUUAAAUUGCAAUCAAAACUGACAACAACAAUUAAUGUCAACAAUCAAUAUAUUAUAUACACAUUGAGAAAACAAUUUAAUCAUUAAUAUUAAAUUACUUUUCAUAAA